UGGGCACCACGGGGACACAUCCAGGGGACAGUGAAGUUCAACAGAAGAUAUAAAAAUGCCAAGUAGCAAACUCAAAGCCCCAGGCAAUGAUAACCACCAAAUCCAAAGCAAUAUAUCCCAAACCAUCGCGUCUCCAACCCCACAUGGAGACCGCGACCGUCUCAUCCCGCGCGCCAGUGGGAGGAGCGGCUGCUCCGCUUCCAGCGAGCUAGUGCUGGGCAUCAUGAAGAAGAUGGACCAGAAUCUGGAGCUUGUUAGAGCCAUGGACGUUAAACUCACAGCUCUGAGCAUCCACGUGGACUGGCUGGAAAGGCUGGUUGCCCACUUGUGAGUGUCAGCUGCUCAGGUGGGCUCAUGGGUCUGGAGGCAGCAGGAUGAAAGCCAGGAGUUGGUGGAGCAUCUGGUGCAGGAAAACCAGCGUCUCACUGCCCAUGAGGGGCAGAUGGAGAGGCAGGUACCAGCCGCCAGGCUCAGGACCCUUGGCUCGCCCCAGGAGGAGUUCAAGGAAGCCUUCAGCCUGUUUGACCGCACGCCCACGGGAGCCAUGCAGAUCAGCUACGCGCAGUGCGGGGACGUCCUGAGGGCGCUCGGUCACAACCCCACCAACGCAGAGGUGCUGAAGGUGCUGGGCAAGCCAAAACCAGAAGAAAUGAACACAAAGGUGCUGGACUUUGAGACCUUCCUCCCCAUCCUGCAGCACUUCACCCGCAACAGGGAGCAGGGCACCUUCGAGGACUUUGUGGAAGGGCUGCGCGUCUUCGACAAGGAGGGCAACGGGAUGGUGAUGGGGGCAGAGCUGCGCCACGUGCUGGUCACGCUGGGGGAGAAGAUGACAGAAAGCGAGGUGGAGCAGCUCAUGGCAGGGCAAGAAGAUGCCAAUGGCUGUAUCAACUACGAAGCUUUUGUCAAGCACAUCAUGUCUGGCUGAGUCCAACUUCAGGUUCUCGGAAAUGUUGGAACCCACCUGAGCACCACGAACUGUGAGAUUCCUGUGUCCGCGUCCCCUCUUCCCCAGAUGUCCCCUGUUGGCAGAACAUUCCACACGAGCCCCAGCGCAGAUUUAGCCUCCGUGCAUCUGCCCAAGCCUCGGUAUACAACGGGAUAAGUCCACGACUUGGUUUUAAACUCUAAAUUAUUCUUUUCAGGUUUUUCCUGUGACAUUUAUCUCAUUAAAUCUCAUUCCAUCCUUCCUUA